UGUCCUGUGAUGACGUCACUGUCAACAAACAUGGCGGAGAGCUGCGUUGACUAUAGUUGAAACGUUUUCAAAAUAUCUCGUCAAGUGCCAAAGGACAGCGCACAUUUGGUGUCGCGUACAUGUCAUCAGCUUUACGCAUCAAGUAAAUAUCCAGCACUAUACUAAAUAUUCAACGAUAUACUAAAGUUUCGUAGUUUUAUUUAUCAGAUGUGACCGAGGCAACAUCAGCGCCCACUUCCGGUCUCGUUCCGUUCAAAAUGUCGUGCUUAUUUUGGUUGGACGCGCCGGAGCCCCGCUCUUAAAACCCGUGGACUAAAAACCGUUAAGUAAAGGAACAAGUCCAAGUCCAUAAAGAUCCCCGCUGCAGCUGCAGGGGUCCUGGAUGAUCAUGGAGCAGUACAGCAUCCUAGGCCGGAUUGGAGAAGGGGCUCACGGAAUCGUGUUUAAGGCCAAGCACGUGCAGACCGGGGAAACUGUGGCUCUAAAGAAGGUGGCUCUGAGGAAGCUGGAGGACGGCAUUCCCAAUCAGGCUCUGAGGGAGAUCAAGGCUCUGCAGGAGAUUGAGGACAACCAGCACGUGGUAAAGUUGAAGGACGUCUUUCCUCACGGCACAGGCUUUGUCCUGGUCUUCAACUUCAUGCUGUCAGAUCUCUCUGAGGUGAUCAGAAACCACCAGCGACAUCUGACCCCAGCACAGGUCAAAGGCUACAUGGUGAUGUUGCUAAAGGGUGUGGCCUUUCUACACCAAAACAACAUCAUGCAUCGGGACUUGAAGCCAGCCAACCUCCUUAUCAGUUCCUCUGGUCACCUGAAGAUUGCAGACUUUGGUUUAGCCAGGCUCUUCAGCCAUGAGGGAAGGCGGCUCUACAGCCACCAGGUGGCCACCAGGUGGUAUCGAGCUCCAGAGCUGCUGUAUGGAGCACGCCGCUACGAUCAGGGAGUGGACCUGUGGGCGGUGGGCUGCAUCUUUGGCGAGCUCUUGAACUCGUCUCCUCUGUUCCCAGGAGAGAAUGACAUCGAGCAGCUCUGCUGUGUCCUACGAGUCCUGGGAACACCAACGGUGGACAGUUGGCCGGAGAUGUUGGAACUUCCAGAUUACAACAAAAUCACCUUUAAGGAGAAUCCAGCCAUCCCAUUGGAGGAGAUUGUCCCAGACACGCCCCCUCAAGGCAUCCACCUGCUCUACAGGUUCCUGGUUUAUCCAUCCAGUCAACGCUGCUCUGCCAGUGAGGCUUUGCUCCAUCCAUACUUCUUCUCCUGUCCUCUUCCUGCCCACCACUCUGAGCUGCCCAUCCCUCAUAGGGGGGGUAGGCCCCCACACCAGCACCCACAGGCUCCGCCUCCAGACUUUUCAGUCAAUCUGUCUCUGCAGAGCAGCGUGGUAGCACCUGUGUUGCUUAAGCCACAUGCUUUGCUCCUGCCCUCCUGAGGUUUCCAGGCUCUGACUCAGACACCCGCAGGAACCUCCUGCUUCUAGUGUUCUCCUCUCAGUUCUGACAGAAGCUCAGAUGUAGAAAUCUUCAGGAUUUGAACUUUUACUGAGCAGCCAAAUAAUUUUAUUGUAUCUACUGUUUAUAGCCUUUUACAUAACUCAUUUGUAUCAAGUGCUUCUAAUCUAAUUUGUUUAUUUAUGUUUUGAAUUUGUGUCUUGAUGUUUCUUGUUGUCUUCUGUAAGGGAGCCCUGCAGUUGCUGGUCCAAUCUGAUUUAACUAUUGCAAAUGGCAAAUAAAUUGAUUGAUUGAUU